AUGGGCAGCAGCUAUUCCUCCAUUCGGCGCUUGGCGAAGUUCUUCUUUCCCAUUGGCUGAGAAUUCCCCUAGUCGCGCCGAGCCAGGCCAAAGGGGGUGGUACUAUGUCUUUGACCCGGCCAAUCACAUGGCGCAGGCAGGAGGGCGGGCCGUUGUUUUGUUGAUGUACUGGGCAGUUGGCUGUACGAGCUUUUGCUUUGCGUUCCUGGAGGGAUGGAGGCUAUCCUGCGGCGGGAGCUGGGCACUUCGGUGCUGCGGCCCACGGGCCACUCGGGAGGCGGCUGCAUCAGCCACGGCGAGAGUUUCCACACAGAUCAGGGCCACGUCUAUGUGAAAGUCAACUCCCGCGCCGAGGCCAGAAGAAUGUUCGAUGGAGAAAUGGAAAGUUUAACAGCUAUCUUACAAACCCAAACAGUAAAGGUUCCUAAACCCAUGAAAGUUAUUGAUUUGCCAGAGGGUGGGGCUGUGUUUGUGAUGGAGCAUUUGGAGAUGAGAGGUUUGAACAGGCAUGCGGAAAAACUUGGAAUACAACUAGCAGAUCUUCAUCUUCACAACCAAAAACUUGGGGAGAAAUUGAAGGAAGGUGCAAGCACCAUUGGUACAGUUGAAGAACAGACAGAUGUUCAGUUUAUAGAAAAGUUUGGAUUCCACACAGUCACUUGUUGUGGUUAUCUUCCACAGGUGAAUGACUGGCAACAGGACUGGGUGACUUUCUUUGCUAGACAGAGAAUUCAGCCUCAGAUGGAUAUGAUUGAAAAGAAUUCAGGGGAUAGGGAGGCAAGGGAGCUUUGGGCACAACUACAGCUGAAGAUACCCAGUUUGUUUGGUGAUAUGGAGAUAGUUCCUGCUCUUCUACACGGGGACCUGUGGGGAGGAAAUGUAGCUGAGGAUGAUUCUGGCCCUAUUAUCUUUGAUCCUGCAUCUUUCUACGGUCACUCUGAGUAUGAGUUAGCAAUUGCAGGGAUGUUUGGUGGCUUCAGUGGUUCUUUUUAUUCUGCGUACCACAGUAAAAUCCCCAAAGUCCCAGGUUUUGAGAAACGACUCAAGUUGUACCAACUGUUCCACUACAUGAAUCACUGGAAUCACUUUGGAGGAGGUUACCGAGGCUCCUCUAUAAAUAUAAUGAGAAACCUUGUAAAAUGACUUUCUACUGUUUUAUCCCCCUAUUCAUUAAAAAGUACUUUCUGUUGUUUCAGCUGCACUGAAGUAUAUCUGUACCAGUAGAUGGUGACCUUGCACCCUCUUCCCACAGCUAAAUUUCCUUUUUGGGUCUCAGGUUUGAUGUUGCACUAUUGAUGUUGCACUAUUAUCAAAGAAUUGACAGAAGAGGAAAACAGAUAUGUAUGAAAGGGGCUGUUAAGGUGUCACUGAAAAUCUCUCAGCAUGCUAGGUUGGAGAAUAUAUCUCUUGUGCCUAGGUUCAGGUCACAGGUUAAUAGUUAUAUCCAAGGGAGCUUCUUCACAUGAAACUGACAGUUUCAAUGUAGGGAAAAAUGCAUUUUCCCUUAUAAUGAAACAAGUGGUUGACAGUUUUGGGAUUAAUCUUUAAUUAUUCUUUACUGGAUUACUCUAAGGCCCCUUUUGCACAUGCAGAAUAGUUAUUGAGGUAAAGCCGAACUAUCAUCGGUAUAGGGGUGGGACAUGCAAGACAUUAGCACCUCUAGUGAGUAAGAAAUCUAGUUUUGGAUUUCUGGGACUAGAAUGCAAUAACAUAUUUGUGAAAAAUGUGUACCAAAAUGCUAUGCCAUAAAUGUAUUUUGAACGCAUUUAAAAUUAUACACAUAAGACAAGCAAAUUGAGGAGCAAUUUUGUUCUUUCAGGUAUUGGUUUCUUCACACCCAAAUCACUAGGUAGGUGAAAAGACAUGAUUCUUAGAAUGCAUGGUUAUGCAGAAUCCUGAGUGCUUUCUACUAGUUUUCAGUUAAUAUUGCACUACAGCAUUUCCUGAAAGAUCUGAAUGUUGGGAAAGCAGUAUGACUUACAAACUAAUUUAUAAACUUCAGCUGUGUGUUGCUUUUUUCCUCUCCUAAUUUCAGUACUACUACCAAUGGCUGUUAACUGUAGAUUUGACAAAGAUCAGCUUGUAAGAGUAGUUUAAUAUUCUUGUGCUGUUUAAAUAAAGCCUUUACCUGAU